UGGGCGAUUACUUAGGGAAAUCAGUUUAGUUGCUCGUUUUCCUCACCGUGUUAAUUCUAUAUUUUUCAUAUUGACGCUUACUGUAAACCUCACUCGAUGAACCACACAUCGAGAUGAAGAGACGAAGUAUUGAUCCUUCGAAACUCAGAAGACCUUUAAAACGUUCUCGCAUCACAGAAUCGAUAUAUGGAAGUGUAUUUCUGUACGUCCGAUUUUUCUUAGUAUGGAUUAUGGUGUUGACUGCCGACUUCCUUUUGGAAUUUCGCUUUGAAUAUCUUUGGCCUUUUUGGCUACUGUUACGGAGUGCUUAUGACUCGUUCAAGUACCAAGGUUUGGCUUUCUCUCUUCUUUUUCUCACACUGGCGUUCUGUUCAGACCUUAUAUGUUUGAUGUUUCUCCCUGUGCAUUGGUUAUUCUUUGCGGCUAGCACAUACGUCUGGGUUCAGUUCGUCUGGCAUACAGAUCGUGGUUUAUGCGUUCCAACCGUUAGUCUAUGGUUACUGUUUGUGUAUGUAGAAGCGUCGGUUCGACUUCGCGAAUUGAAAAAUCUCCCAUUUCAUUUAGACUUAUGUCGACCGUUCGCCGCUCAUUGCAUUGGGUAUCCUGUUGUAACACUUGGUUAUGGUGUCAAGAGUUAUGUAGGCUAUAAAAUGCGUCAGAGAAGAGUUCAGCAUGUUGCUAAAGAAAAUGAGUUUUAUAUGCAACUUAUUAACCUGGCACUGCCUCCUGAGACAAACAACCAUACAGAGGCAACAGAGCGACCAGCAAGAGCUAUAUGUAAUGGUAAAGUUGCUAAUGGUGAAGUAGCACUCCCAAGAGGUCGGCCUGUACCUGUUAUGACAAAUGGCAUCAACACUAAAACAGAUCUCGAACUCUUAAUAGCUAAAGAAGCCAGUCGCCGUGGCUUAAAACUAAGUGAUCUUGAAUCAAGGCCUACUUUGAAAGGAAAUGCACUAUUGAAAGAACUUGACGUGCUCUCUAACCUUACAUCAAAGAAGACCAGCGAGGAUCAUAACUUAAAUGAACUUGAUAAACUGUCGUUAGAAGGGAGUCAUAAGAGUGGGAAAGCUGGGCAGCAUCACCGCGCCACGCUCAAUGGAGUUAUAGGAAAAUCUUCAAAGAAAAAUGGCGCGAAAGGAAAUGAAAAGUUGAAGGAGUACGAUGAGAAUAACGAGGAAGACAAUGAUGAGUCUGAUAGUGAUUCUUUAAGUGCGUCGAGUAGCUCCAUCAAUAACAGUCGAAAGAACAGCAGGAGUAACUCACCGAAGGGACACGAGAAAACUCAGUCUGUUGACCUCGGACCCAGUCUAUUUUCUCAACUUAAAGAGGAGAGGCUGUUACGUCGUCGUGCUGAGAGCAAUUUAUCCCAACUAGAGAAUGAUAGUAAACGACUCAGAGUGGAACUGCAGACGAGUCGCCAAGGUGAGCAGGAACUGAGGUCCACCAUGCACAGCUUGAUGGCCAGUGAACGCUCCACUAAGGUUGAAUUACAGCAGUUGAAGGCCGAGUGCGAGGUUAUUCAACAGAAAUUGCAAAAUAUGUCGUCUGCACGUCAGCAAGAUCGUAAUUCAAUCUCCUCUCUGGAACGAAAGCUAAAAACUGAGCGAGAUUCCCGGCUUUUGGCGGAGAGUCAGCUUCGUGAGGAGCGUAAGAGACAAAAAGCGGAGGACGCCGCAGCUAAGCAGUGCGACGAAACGACAGGUCACGAUGCGUGUAACGCGCUCAGGAUCGAACUGGAAGAGGACAGCCGUCAGUUGCGUGCUCUUCUACAAGAGAAAGAAGAAGAAAUAAAACGCGUCGACAAAGAAGCUGAAACUCUGCGGCAGAAGACCAGGGAAUAUGACAGCAUGCAGCUAAAGAAGGAAACAGAGGUGUUAAUGUCUGCACUGACAGCUAUGCAAGGCAAGAACACUCACCUAGAAAACAGCUUGAGCUCGGAGACUCGCUUGAAGCUGGACUUGUUCUCGGCGUUAGGCGACACGCGCAGGCAACUGGAAAUUGCACAAACCAACCUUAAGACCAAGGAUCGAGAGAUCGAAUCCUUGAAGCUGAAGAUCGCUGAAGUGAUGGCCGUCAUGCCCGCCACCGCCACCUACUCUGCCGGCGAUUCUCCUGGAGUCCCUCGCUUCGCCUCUAACCAUCUCAUCUCUCCAAAUCAUAUCGAGUUGUCCAACAGUGGCCUUGAUCCUAGCGCACCCUGCUACAUUCCUGCGUGUAAGAGUCCCAAAGGCUUGCUUUAAGACGCCCGAAAGAUUUCCCUUGUUUGUCGCUACCCUGAUGUUGCUCUUAAUUUAUAAUCUUAACUAAGUUAUUGGGUUUGUCCGUUGGGUAGCAAGGUGGAACAAGUUAGCAUGCCUUGCGGUUUUUGUCUGGGAAUACGUCUUUAGCUUAUAUUUCGUUAAAUGUAAUACUGAUGUUAAAUUAGUUUGGAGAAAGAAAGUGUGGUUGCACUUUACCUGUUUCUGAUGUCAUCAUAGCGCAUUACUUUCAAAUUCAGAGACGUUUUCGUCACUUACCAAUUGUGUCUGUCAUGGUUAAACUGGAACGACUUUUAGCUCAUUAUCAGGUUGCUCAUUGUUGUUCACAUCUGUGGACUCUCCCCCUCCCUAGCCGCGAGAGAGGUCCAUGGCAGUUUUCCGACAUCUAAUUAAUCUUUCUGAGUUUAGUUUUUAAACUAACUGAAUAGGCGAUUUACCCACUGAAUCUUCUUGAGAUUAAAGCUGCUUAGCAGUGGGUCGGCGCGGACCACCGUUAUCUUUAUUGAGAAAGGAAAGAAAGUCGCUUUCUGGUCACGUGGAAUGUCAGCUUAAGAACAAAAAGCAAACAAAAAAACUGAACUAUCGGGUCGCGUUCAGAUAACGCGAUUUCGUACCAAAAGGAGAUCAGCCAGUUUUCAUUGUAAAGCAUCAGAUUCGCUAGUCGCUUGUCGUUACGUUUUUCACUUUCGAUCAUUUCUUGGGCAAAUUCUUAUGUUAUCUUGAGUUCUCUUUUUCACGAGGGAACAGCAUUUUACUGCAGGUGCGAGCGAGGAAAGGCGAGGUCUACAGUAUUCGUAACUGGGAUGUCAACCAUGUGCAGUCACUUACAGAAAAAAAAAGAAAACCGAAAAAAAUACUAAUGAAUAAUGAUGAAAAUUGCAGUCAAAUAUUCAUUACAUUAGUUUAAUAAAUUAUGAUGCAUUUGAAAACA